AUGAAGCUCACGCCGCGGGAGGUCGACCACCUCCAGCUCCAUCAGUGCGGCGCCCUCGCCCAGAAGCGCCUCGCGCGGGGCCUGAAGCUCAACGAGCCCGAGGCGAUUGCGCUGAUCGCCGCCGUGUGCAUGGAGCUCGUCCGCGACGGCCUGAGCGUCUUCGAAUUGAUGGAGAAGGGCAAGACGCUCCUCGGCGCGCGCCAGGUGCAGCCCGGCGUGCGCGAGCUCGUCGGCGAGGUCCAGAUCGAGGCGACGUUCCCCGACGGCACGAAGCUCCUCACGAUCCACGACCCCAUCGCGUCCGCCGACGGCGACCUGGCGCUGGCGCUCCACGGGUCCUUCCUGCCCGUGCCGGAUCUCGCCGCCUUCGGCGACGCGCCGCCCGCGGCGCGGCCGCCGGGCGCGACGACGCCGCGCGACGGGUCCGUGACGCUCUGCGAGGGCCGCGACCGCGUGGAGCUCGUCGUCCGGAACGGCGGCGACCGGCCCAUCCAGGUCGGGAGCCACUACCCCUUCCUCGAGACGAACAGGGCCCUGACCUUCGACCGGCGGGCGGCCCUGGGCAUGCGCCUCGACGUGCCGUCGGGCUCGUCCGUGCGCUUCGAGCCCGGCGACGAGAAGACGGUGACGCUCGUCGCCUACGGCGGCGCCAGGGUCGUGCGCAGCGGCAACCUGCUCACGGACGGCGCGGCGUCGGCGGAUCGGGCCGACGAGGUCAUGGCCAAGGUGGCCGCGGGCGGCUUCGGCCACGCGCCGCUUCCCGGGCCGCCGCCGCCCGGCGCGCCCUUUUCCAUGGCGCGCGCGGAGUACGCCGCGACCUUCGGGCCGACGCUCGGCGAUGUCGUGCGCCUCGGGGACACGGACCUCGUCGUCCGCGUCGAGAAGGACUUCACGGUCUACGGCGACGAGUGCAAGUUCGGCGGCGGCAAGACGCUCCGCGAGGGCAUGGGCCAGCAGACGGGCUGCGCGGCGUCCGACGCGCUCGACGUCGUCAUCACGAACGCCCUCGUCGUCGACGCCGUCCUGGGCGUCGUCAAGUGCGACAUCGGCCUCAAGGGCAACCGCAUCGUCGGUAUAGGCAAGGCGGGCAACCCGGACGUCAUGGACGGCGUCACGCCGGGCAUGAUCGUGGGCGUCACGACGGAGGCCGUCGCCGGCGAGAAGCUCAUCGCGACGGCCGGCGGCAUCGACGCCCACAUCCACUUCAUCUGCCCCCAGCAGUGCGACGACGCCAUCGCGUCGGGCCUCACGACGAUGUACGGCGGCGGCACGGGCCCGGCGACGGGCACGUGCGCGACGACGUGCACGCCCGCGCCGAGCGAGGUCGAGAUGAUGCUCAAGGCCACGGACGGCAUCCCGCUCAACUUCGGGUUCUCGGGCAAGGGCAACACGUCCGACCCCAAGGGCCUCCGCGAGGUCGUCGCCGCGGGCGCGUCGGGGCUCAAGCUCCACGAGGACUGGGGCACGACGCCCGCGGCCAUCGACGCCUGCCUGUCCUUCGCCGACGAGUACGACGUCGCCGUGACGAUCCACACGGACACGCUCAACGAGUCCGGCUUCGUCGACGACAGCCUCGGGGCCAUCAAGGGCCGCACGAUCCACACGUACCACAGCGAGGGCGCCGGCGGCGGCCACGCGCCGGACAUCAUCAAGGUCUGCGGCGAGCCCAACGUGCUGCCGAGCUCGACGAACCCGACGCGGCCCUUCACGGUCAACACCGUCGACGAGCACCUCGACAUGCUCAUGGUCUGCCACCACCUCGACAAGUCGAUCCCCGAGGACGUCGCGUUCGCCGAGUCGCGCAUCCGCGGCGAGACCAUCGCCGCGGAGGACAUCCUGCACGACAUGGGCGCCAUCUCCAUGAUCUCGAGCGACUCCCAGGCCAUGGGCCGCAUCGGCGAGGUCAUCACGCGCACGUGGCAGACCGCGGACAAGAUGAAGCGCCAGCGCGGCCCGCUGCCCGAGGACGCGACGUCGGGCGACGACAACGCGCGCGUCAAGCGCUACGUCGCCAAGUACACGAUCAACCCGGCCAUCGCGCACGGCAUGGCCGACCACAUCGGCAGCCUCGAGGUCGGCAAGCUCGCGGACAUCGUGCUCUGGAAGCCGAGCCACUUCGGCGCCAAGCCCGAGAUGGUCAUCAAGGGCGGCACGAUCGCCUGGGCCCAGAUGGGCGACCCCAACGCGUCCAUCCCGACGCCCCAGCCCGUGAAGAUGCGCCCCAUGUUCGGCGCCUUUGGCAAGGCCGUCGGCGGCACGUCGCUCGCGUUCGUGUCGAAACUCGCCGUCGAAACGAACAUCCAGAACCGCCUCGGCCUCGGCAAGCUCGCCGUGGCCGUCGCGAACACGCGCGCGCUGUCCAAGAAGGACAUGGUCAACAACGCCGCGCUCCCGGCCAUCGCCGUCGACCCGGAGACCUUCGAGGUCACGGCCGACGGCGUCCAGCUCACGUGCGCGCCGGCGAAGACCGUGCCCCUCGCGCGCACCUACUUCCUCUUCUGA